AUGCUCGGCUUCAAGAGCUGUACCUCUACAGCGCCACGUGUUCGAACACCGGCGUGUCAAGUAUGUCUCGAACCGUAUGACGGAAAACUGCACACACCGAAGAUAUUACAAUGCGCACACACUGUGUGCCAAUCGUGCAUGAACGCUCUCGAAGAGCAAGGACGUCGGAGAGUGCCGAAUCUCGAGCAGACGAUGGUCUCCGUUUCGUGUCCAAUUUGCAGGACAAUAACCCAAACGAGCCGCUGCUGCAUCCGAACCAAUUAUCAAUUGAUAGACGUCGUUGAGGCGUAUGGGAUAGACGCGUCACACAGUGUUGCAUUCGCAGUUGUACACAGUGCGAGAUGCAUAAACAUUUGCACAAAAUGCACCCCCAUCGACGCAACAACGACGGCCAGCGAAUUGCUGUCCCGAGAAGUCAGCCUUCAUCAAUUUGCAAUUUGCUCGACGUGCAUUCUGAAUGAUCACAUGAACAAUGGACACGGAUUCAUUCGAAUGCAACCGUUGAGAAUUGAAAUGCAGCGAGAGGAGAAUGCGCGACGCAUUGUCGCAGAACAAGAGAAAUUGGCUCAAGUUCAGUUGCGAUUCCGUGAGCAACUCGAGCAAACGAUGGCGAAAUGGCUGGAAUUUGGCGGGAAUCACGAAGCCAAUAUGAACCUGUUCCGUGCCGCCCAAACGAGUUUUCAGCAGAAAGUGCUCUAUGAAAAGUUUUCGGAGGAAAUUUCGAAAAAAUCGGCACACAUUGAGAAGCUACUCGGCCAUAUUCAAGAAUGGAAUCGAGACAUGGAGCCACGUGGCAACGCGGCGAUGGAGGAGGCGGAGCCUAAUGUGGGCGGAGCUAAUCAGCAUCCGGAAAUUCGACAAUUCCGCCCGGCGACACCACUCAACAACCAGGACGACAUGGUCUACUAUUUUGAGCGAUAG